AUGGACAGUGUUGGUUCUGUUACCUCACGAGCUGCUUCCACCAUCGGCGAUACUCCUUUGACGGCAUCAGAAACUAGCGGCAGCAACGAUUCCCGCAGGCAUAGCAGGUCAAGUCUUGCCGAUGAGAGCUACAGCAGUCUUCCGACGAUGGAUACCACUGACUCGGAUCACACAUUACCAUCCCAACUUCAAACCACGGGCCAGGGCAAGCUCUCGUCAGAAGACUUUGUCGAGCUUACUCGCAUAUCUCGGAAGAAGGAAGCCAUCGAGCAUCACAUCGAAAAUCUGCAGAGCUGGUCGCCAUGGGACCCUUUUCGGAACGUUUCGUCCUACUCACCGGACGCAGAUGUCCUGCAGCGUAGCAAAGAGACCUUAGCCACUUUGAGCAGCGACCUCCAUGACCGUCAAGACCAAUGUCGGCGACUCGAAGACGACGUGCAGCAUUUCAAUUUGCAGGAGAUGAAGCGCUUGCGUACCGUGGCCAAAGCCGUCUCAAAGCGCCACCUUUCUGGACCCGACACCGACCUCCUCGAAUUAGCUUUGGAGACAGUAUAUGCCUUGGACAAGCUGCUUCGUCUCUUGCGUGAGCAGCGGACACAGCAUGAUCUCACACAGCUCCGCCUUCAGUGGGAGCAUAUUGUCUGUUUCAGCUGGCAAGACGUCAUCGUCCUGCGACGCGACAUCGAAGCGUUCGAACACAAGUGCAAGGCCUUGAUGUCUCCUCGGCAUGAUUCGAACAUCUCAUCAGCUCCAGACGACACCAAUGUGCAAACGAGCCUCGAAGCGGAGAAAGCAAAAGAUGCGCCAUCAACCUCAAGGAUGAGACGUGCGGCCUCGCUCAGUCAUUCUUCGUGGAAGCUGGCGGCCGAGUCGGUCAAGCUGGAGUCCUCACGUCUAGUCCUCCGCAUUCGAAGCUUCGAUUCGGAAAAGGUUCGACCCGCUGGCAGACUUCUCGAUCUUCUCAUCGACCAGAGACAAAUCCCAGAGAAGAUGAUCGAUGAACAGGAGAAGCUUGAAGACGCACUUCCACAGCCAUCGACGAUUGAGGCCAGGUCCUUACAGGUCUCGGCAAGCCUUGGUCUCGUCAGGACUCCUACACCAGAAGCCCCAGAGGGCGACCCUUCACCAAUACAAGAGGCUAAGAUUGAACCUCUUCCACAUACCAUCGGAAAGCAAACCGGAAAUGGUAGCACACGCGAGGUGGCGAAUGGUGGUGUGCUUGCAAAACACCCGUCUCGGAGUGUUAAAGCUGCAAGCCGCUCUCGCAAAAGCUCUUCCUCGAGCUUGGUUGCUACGCCAUCAAAGCAAUUCAUCAAUCGAUAUUGCUCGGAUCCCCGAGAUGUGCUUGAUGUAGCGAUCGGCAACAUUGUCAAUCGCUUACCCAUGUCAGUCUCGAUCAGAUCUGCCAAGCUCGGCGACAGCGCUCUCCCUCCUCGCUCCAGCAAAGUAGAUGCUCUCUGCGGCCAGUACUUGAUUGGCGAUCCAGAACCUCGCUUGUGCUUUUGUCGCAUUCUUCCGUCGAGCAUGGUAAUGGUCAGAGUCGGAGGGGGCUGGCAGGGGCUUUCCGAAUUUCUCACUCAGCACUACACCCACCUCAGCGCCCGUGGAUGGGAUAGCGACGCCGAACUGCUGAAUGCGAUCACGAGAAAGUCAGGACAGAAUCUCGUGUGGUCGCGUUCCGCUUCUGGUCCAGUCGAAUCCCCACGCCUCCGAUCGAAAUCUUCUUUUGGAUCGCUCAAGUCGCGAGAGCCUAUAAUGAAGAAGAUCACGAGUCCGACGCCCUCGAAGGACCAUGCAUCCCACCAUAUACCCCAAGCUACCCGCGCACAGGAGAAUGCGGCUGAGUUCAGGGAACUGACCAUAGCUACUCCAUCUAAAACCUCUACACUUUCAACUAGCGGAUCUAGUUCGUCCAUAGUCAUCCAUUCACCUUCGCCCUCCAGGUGA